CGCCAUGAUAAUACAGCCUGCCCUCCGCGUGCGCCGGCACCUGUUCCGAUCCGCAGAUCGCGCUGCAAGAUGCUUCUCGCAGAGCGCCCCGUCGCGGGCCCACAAGAUGCCCGUCUUGAACCACGAGGCCGAGAUGAGGCGAGAGGGCAUCCCGGGGCUCUACUCGCCCGAUGGUGUUGCAAUUGCCUGGACCGAGUACCACGGCAUGCUGCUGGACAAGCUCAACGAAAUGACAGCCGGCGGCCCGGAAGCGGACAAGGAGCCUAAGCACCUGCUGAUACAAUACGCCCGCGAUCCCACCAACGCCUCCUUAUUCAACUAUGCCUCAAUGGCAUGGAACAACCACUUCUUCUUCAAGGGAAUAUCCCGCACCCCCUCCCCCAUGACCGCCACCCUCUCCGCCUCCCUCGCCAACGAAUUCGGCUCUAUCCAAACCCUGCGCGACGAAUUCCUCGCCACCGCAAACUCCAUGUUCGGCCCGGGCUUCGUCUGGCUCGUCAAAACCAAGCCCACCAGCUACACCUCCAACUUCCGUAUCCUGCCCACCUACAUCGCCGGCUCGCCGCUACCCGGCGCCCACUACCGCCGCCAGGCCGUCGACAUGAACACGCAGAACGCCGAGUCCGCCGCAGCCUCGGGCAUCAGCCCCGCCGAGCUGCGCACAAUGGGCGUGCCGGUCAACUCGGUCGGCCGCUUCGGUCCGCACACCACGAGCUACGCCAAGCAGCCGAAGCUCGCGUACGGCGGCGUCGACGUGGUGCCGCUGCUGUGCGUCAGCACGUGGGAGCACAGCUGGCUGCGCGACUGGCGCAUCGCGGGGGGCAAGGAGAAUUUUUUGGCCGCGUGGUGGGAUCGGAUCGACUGGAAGGUGGUGGAGGAUCUCAUGUACGACGGGGCGACGGCCAAGACGGGGUCGAGAGUCGAUGAUCGCGCUCUUUCGUACAAUAGGUAGUAGGAGAGGGCUGAGACGUUAGAAAGAUAGAGAUGGGCUUUGUGAAUAGGAGCUCUUGUGUAUACUACUGGAAAUCUUGGGAGGGCGGCGAAAACAAGACUUGGGCGGGCGUGAAGGCUGCAUAUGCAUGGAGCUGUUGUACCUGAUACAGGAGAGGUUCUUGUUGUAUUCAUAGAUGCCCCUGUACAAAAUCAAGAUCUUGUGUUACAAACAUCACAGUAACAUGUCUGAAUAAUCAAAUAAAACCCGCUC